AGAGUCAGAAGCGGUGUGUAAAACUGUAAAUCGUUCGCUUGGUUGGGAAUCGUGUACUAUUAUUAGAUCGUUUCGCCAAACUUGCGAUUUUUUCAAGAUAACCGUGGAAUUCCUAGUGCUAAAAAUAAAAUUAUGCAAAGUUCUGGUCCUGAGCCGGAACGCUAUUAUCAUGAUUUGAUGAUUUUAUGAGAUAUUCAUGUGAAACCGAAGUCAAACAUGGGCGAAUACGGACGCUACUUGUUGUUAUUAUUAUUGUUUGUUGUGGCAUCAUUUACCCGAGCACAGUCAUUACCGUAUGAUGUGCACUGGCUAGGGGGGCCUACGACAAUAGAAAGAGAUGGCUCACCAUCUCUUAGAAAAGCAACAGACAUUUACUGCUACACAGGCACUUCUAAGAACUUGUUUGCUCUAUGGCAAACUGUGAAAUUUCAUAUAAGAAUAAGAAAUGACCAGUUCCGUCAAUACUUCGCGGAGAGCCCUGAGGAAGUUUUUAAAGAAUACACUGAAGACAGCUAUGGCUGGUCGUCAGUUGUCAACCCGUUUCAGAGGAAGCCACAGAAAUCUGUGUCUGUCAGCCUUUUCACUCCUACUUGUAUGGCUAUCAACACGAAAGAGAAGCACACUAUUGAAUUGCAAGUCUUGAGAGUGGACUUAUGGCGCGUUAUACUAAUGGCUGCGGGCGUGGCGCUGAUAUUCUCGUCGCGAGCUCUGUGCGGCAAUCCUGUAUUCUUCUACCUGUGCGGCAUAUUCGUUGGAGUGUUCGCCUCUUUCAUGGUGCUUGUGUAUUAUGUCAGCAAAUUGCUGCCAAGGAAAACAUUAACUUACGGCAUCCUAAUCGGCGGCUGGACCGUGGGCGUGUACCUAUUCCAGCAAGUUUGGGAGAACAUGCGAACAUUACUGCUCACAUACCAAACGUACAUGUUUUGGUACACGCUGGUCAUUAGCUUCGUCAGUUUCCUUGUGUGCUAUAGAAUAGGGCCGCCGAAGAAUGAGAGGAGCAAGAAUAUGGUUAUGUGGACUUUGCAGAUAGUAGGCGUGCUAAUGGUAUUCUUUAGCAGCGAGUAUCAAGAAGCGUCGGCUGCUGUCAUCAUCGCGUCAUUAGUGUCCAAAUACUUCCCGCAAUCAUUGCUCAACAGGAUCCAGGGAUAUUGGCGUCGUAAAUUCCCGCCAAAACCGCGCUUACUGACAAGCGAAGAGUACUAUGAAGAAGGUGCUCGAGAAACAAAGAUGGCGCUCGAGAAUCUCAGGAAGUACUGCUCCAGUCCUGAUUGUGCUCAGUGGAAGGUCAUGCUCAAGUUAAAUGACUCUAAGAGGUUCGCAAGCUUCGUAGAAGGCAACUCCCAUUUAAGUGACGACGAAGUACUAGACUACGAGGCAUAUGCCUUUUCUCUCGAACGAACUCGCAAACCAGUUCCCAUGGCCAACUCAACCAGGAACAUGGAGAUAUCAGACGAUGAUACGGACUCGGAUGAUGACUGAACUGCUAUGAAAGUAGGUUUUAUUCUUAAUGUUAAUUUUAAGGCUUUUUUAAAUCGACUUCUUAAAAAAGAAGUUCUUAAUUUGAAUGUGGAUAUUUUUUUUUUAACUUUGUGGUGAAUGCAUAUCUAUCGGUAUCGCGUGAAACGAACUAUAGACUUGUUCUUAUGAAACGAAUCUGGAAUUUCGAAAUUUUUAUGGAAAAUCCUUUGGAAGUAAUUACAAAAAAGCGCCCCGAAUAUCUGUAUUACCAAAGUCUGACGUACGUGGGCAACCUAAGUUUGCGGGCCUUGUCGCUACAAUCCGAUCUAUGCGCGUUUGGCUCUGGUAGAUGUGCGUUCAUCAUUAAUGUAUUCAUAUUUAUAAAAACUGUAGAUAGUCAUUGUGAAUUUGUGACCCGCGUUUUGCCAUGCAAUUUUCAAAAUAAUUUCAAUAUUUUAAACUACCUUUAUUGUGAACUUAAUUUAAACCUUAUGCAGAAGGUAGGUCAGCAUAUAUUAAUUUCCAUUUAUUCAAUGAUUAUAAUCGUAGUACGUGUAUGUACUGUCAUGUUAUAUAUAUUAUUAGAUAUUAUAAAUAAUUCAUAUUUUUCUUCAUUUCUGUAGCGUUUUUGUUCUUCAAUUGAGCCUUAUCUGAAACUUACUCUUUUUAUUACAAUAUGUAUUCUUAAUAUCUUAGAUUUUGGGUAUCAAUUUUCGGGGAAUCUUGAAUAUUUCGUUAUUUCUUUAUGUUCCCACUUCUUUUACUGAUAAAUGUAAUAUUGCCUCAUUUAUAAUAUCUAUCGCAGUCGAAAAACUUUGAAUCCUUGAAUAUUUUUAAAUAAUUCCCAAUGUUAUUAAUGAAUAAUAAUAAAUCCCAAUGUGAUAAUUACAUGUAUCUGUCUUCUGUAAUAUAAAAGAAAGUUGUGUUAGUUACACUACAUACAUAUAACUCGAGAAUGGCUGAACCGUUUAAGCUCAAAAUUAGAAGAAAGGUAGCUUAGACCCAGGAGAAGCCACUUAUCUUGGGACACGGGUGAAACCGCGGGUGGAAGCUAGUUUUCAAUAUUUGUGUUUUAGAUAGGUAUGUAUUUGAUAAUAAUUAUUAAUAAUCUCUCAUUUAAAUAAGAAAGGUUAGUGUUUAAUUUUUGAGAAUUGAUCUCUAUUUUGUAUGAAUUAAACUUUUUUGUGUAACUUAUAUUGUCGUGUACAGAAGUAGUGACCAAUAGUAGAAUAGUUAACAGUGACAAGUUUCACUAAUUCUUUGUAAAAUGAGGUUGUUAUGGAUGGCAACAUCCUUUUUAUUAUGAUUUAGGGUGACUGCCAAAACUUUCGGCUGCACUAUAGAGUUUAGUAUACUAACUAUUAUAAAAAGGAAAGGAAGAAAAGUAUACAACUGUAAUACAAUCAAUGGAUUCCACUAAACUUUUUGAGUGUGCUCGGGUUUAAAUAUGUGUGUGGCAGCUGUCGCCCCGACAUCGGCGACUUUUUUAAAAUAUUUGUAAUCUAGUCUUAUAAAAAUGUACAUUCAGUCUGAAAAGUCUCGUAAUUAAAAUGUAUAAAAUAUUGGUAAUUAUUUCAAUUUAGUAUAUUGGGUUUUCGGUAUAUUAAUAUAGAUAAAUUUUGACUUACAUAUUUGUAUAAAUUUCAAUAAUCAAAGCAGUAUUUCUGUAAAUUCAUUCCUGUAAAAUAUGAUACUUGAACAACUGUUUUUUUUUUAUAAUUAAAUAAUUUAAAGUAAUAUAAUGUAAUUACGUAUGUAAGUGCACUUAUUUAUACUGCUUUUUGGUAACAAGUUAAAUAAUUACAACAUCGCCAGAUCUGAAAAAAUGAAUAUCUGAAAAGAUUUUUGAAAAUAUGUACAGAUAUUUGAUUUUAUUAAAAAUUCUUGUAAUUUUCUAUUUUGAUUAGUUAAAUGUAUGUAUGAUAUUGUCGAAUAUUAAAUUGUACAAGGAUGAGCUGCACCAUUUCACUAUAAUAUUAACCAAACCAUGUCGUGUUAUUGGUCAAAUCGCCGACUAUCGUUAUCGUUAUAGUUAAUGGUGUAACUCACCGUAAGACAUUUAAUACGUAUUUUUUCUCAAUUUUGGUAACUUAUCUACAGAACAUGUAAGCAAAAAAUCCUGAAUAUUGUCUAUUCCAUCCAACAAUAGAUUGAUGUCUUUGAAUUGUUAUUAUUGUGUAUUUGAUAUAAAUAAAAGUUUUGGAUUUUAA